UAGGCGGAAGAGCUGUUACAUGGAGUUUAUCGCAGGAUUUUUGUAAUAAUCACGCGGUUUGUUAAGUAAGAAUAGUUUGUUGAGUAAGAAUAGUCAGGAUAUACGCUGUACACGUCGUAAGUGCGCUUUUUGUUCGACAUGUCAUCGAUAUAGAACGAUAAAUGAGGUGAUAAUUUCUAAAGUGUGGCCGUUGUUUCACAGUAGUAGCUACUUGCUAACCGACUAGCUUGACUGGCUCCAUAGCCUUAACCGGAUUUUUUUUUUUUUAAUCUCUGUUAUACAAUUUUACAGUGUUGAAAACUGGUUUCCUAGGACUUGUUAACUCACCAACAUUUAGCACAUUUUGUGUCCUAGCUGGCGAGCUACUAGCUUAAUUGUUGUGGUUUGCAGGGUUAAGUUUUCAUUUCUCUCAUACUUAAGCAAUAAACUAAACUAAACUAAACAAAAGCCAGAUGGAGAGGACACUGGAAGACCCGAGGCCCAGCAACCUGGAUGAAGAUAAAACCAAUGAACGGUUAAAUGAUGCUUGUUUACUGAGUGACACUGAGCUAUCUUUUGAUGAACGAGGAUCCUCUUAUGAUUUUUCUAACCUGGUCGUUCCAGAAACUCCAGAAAGCCCUCUCACUUUUGGAAGGAAAAGGCAUUCCUACGUAACCAAUAACUUCAGUGGGGCUGCUGUUUGUGGUCAAGAUGCCAAAAGUUUAGAGACAAAGGACAUGAUACCCGGAUACCUCCACACAACCCCAAGCUCUAAUCGGACACUAAAACGAAGAAGAUUGCAAAACCCUGUAGGAGCUAUGAAUGAUAGACAAGCAGGAAAUGGACCUAUAUUUGUACCCGCCUCAUCUCUUUUAUCUGAAUACACGUGGCUGGAGUCUCCACGUCCCUCACGGUCCACCUUCUCCCUUUCUUCCACUUCUACCGUGACAAAUUCUGAUGCAGCUCCUGAAUGCUCAGUGAUGGGAGCUGCUACUGGUCUGAUUUCUUCCAGUAAGAUUUCACCCCGUGGCCGUGCCUCUGAGCAAAAACUUCUUAAUAAAUGCAAUAAGGAAAAGAGACCGAAAAAGACAUCAACUGUAAUUAGUCAUGGGUCCUCUAAGUGUACACCAGCACAUUCAUCAGCAGCAAGGGAGACACACUUGCAAAGUACAGACACAGAAAGAAGAGCUGGACAAGAUGAGAUUGUCGUUAUAGAUGAGGAUGAUGAUGAUGAUAUGUUUGUAGAGGCUACAGUUCGUUCUAUUCAGAUGGCUGAAGAUGAAGCAUUUGCAAGAAGCCUUCAGGAGCAGUUUGACAGAGAGGAGCAGCUUCAUCAGGAGCAAAGCCGAUUACAGAACACGUCACCCAACAGACCUCCACAAAACCUCCAGCUUGAUUCCUAUGUAGGUUUGAGCUGGAUCUCUCCCUGGGCCUCCAUGGUGCACUCAGCAUCCUUCUCAGAGCUGCAGCAGGCCAUGAUUGCAGGGCAGCCCAGCAUACAAACAAGAGCCACUCGGGGAGGUCGCAGUUCUCGCCGGAGAAACAACCUGAAUGUGUCUUUAAACCUGCUUGAUGACAGCCAGGGAAACAACUAUGAGGCCCUUUUGGCAUUUGAGGAGAACCAGGGGUCUGUGGUUCCGAAGAAAACCCUCAGUAAAAGGGAGAUUGAAAGACUCCCUGCGAAAGCAUAUGAUCCUGCACACAAUGCAGGCAAGACAGACUGCCAAAUCUGUUUCUCUGACUACAAGAAAGGAGAAAAGCUGCGAAUCCUCCCUUGCUUCCAUGACUACCAUGUGAAAUGCAUUGACCGCUGGCUGAAAGAGAACGCCACCUGUCCAAUUUGCAGAGCAGAUGUGACAUUGUAGUGCAUUAUCUCAGGACUGCUUCUCUACCUCACAACACGAGACUACAAAAUCUGUAUGCGUGCAGUUUUAAUUUGCGUGUGCCUCUAAAAAGGUGUUUUUAAAGGUCUUUUUAAGACCUUUUAAGGCUAACUGAUGGACCACAAGUUCUGUAACUGAAAUAAUUUCAGGUUCAUUGUUUAAAUGUUACUACUGUGCAUCUAACUUUUUAUGAAUAAAAUUUAUUUUUUUUCUCACUGA